AUGUACGCCGAUCUUGGUCCCGACGAAGGUCUAAUUACCCGAGAAAGAACUGCAUGCGGUUCCAAAGAGAUUAUAAGCUAUCCGUUAGAUCCUUACGGUAGGCCAUGGUCCCCGUUAGGGUCCGACGACACACUGACCGAUCUAACGACCUCAGCCCCAUCGAUAGACAACACCGGGGUGUCGAACAAGCCGCCAGAAGUUGUUAUGUCGAAGGCAUCAUCAUCGUUAGUAGAAAGCUUAAAACUUUCCAACCUGGCUCUCCCUUUAACCGGUCAACCAGUAUACUUAGCUCUUUACUUCUCAGAGCCUCAAAGUCUAGGCCGGACCCAAAAACGGUCAUUCAACGUUUUCUUGGACGACACACAAGUGAGUUCGGGUCCCUUCGCACCGGUUUUUGGGAAAGCCACUCAAGUCGUUCUGAGAGAUGUAAUGGCCACGUUGGGGUCUCAGAUCGUCUGUCGGUCUACUGAUGACUCGGUUUUGCCGCCCAUCAUCAAUGGUUUGGAGAUAUAUUCGAUAAGUAACAGCCGAUCCGGUGUAGCGAAACCACGAACAAACAAUGCAAGAGAAGAU